CACCAAUCGGCUAUAUUUAGCAUGCAUUGCGCGCACUCCAUUUGCACAUGUGUAUGUACGCAGAUCAACAAGGCGACAGAAAGUCAUUCAUUCUUUAACGAAUUACGACACAUGAAUUGCAAGUUUCUUUCAGUGGAUUUCUCAUUUCAAGUGCACCAGAUCAUCCAUCAUGCCAAAGAAUAAAGGAAAGGGAGGAAAGAACAGGAGGAGAGGAAAGAACGAGAACGAGUCCGAGAAAAGAGAACUGGUCUUCAAAGAAGACGGACAAGAGUAUGCUCAGGUGAUUAAGAUGCUUGGUAAUGGAAGGUUAGAGGCGCUGUGUUUUGAUAGCAAAAAGAGGUUGUGUCACAUCAGAGGAAAAUUAAGAAAAAAAGUUUGGAUCAAUCAAGGUGAUAUCAUAUUGAUUGGUCUGCGUGAUUACCAAGACGAGAAAGCGGAUGUCAUCCUCAAGUACAAUGCCGACGAAGCAAGAAACCUCAAGCUCUACGGAGAACUCCCGGAGAAUGCCAAGAUCAACGAAUCGAGCGCGUUCGGUCAGGACUACGAGGAUGAUGAAGUGGCGUUUGACGAUCAAGGCUUUGAUGAUGACAUAGGGGAUGAAAUAGCGGGGAUUUAGCAGCGUGAGAGACAACAGGAUGGGAUCCACUCUGUGUGCCUCUGGUUUCAGUCUUGUGCAAUGGAAUUUAGCAAAGGACAAUAUAACAUCGAACAUCCACUCCUUUACUUCAUGGAAUCUUGGUCAGAAGGGGUUAUGUUUCCAUUUUUUUUUCAUUCUGUGUGAGAAGGUUAAAUACUCCUUAUCUCCAUCAAGUUUUGACCAAAUCACACAGUUAUUAAGGGUUGAAACAGGUUGAAAGUAUAGACUAUUCCAAACCUUUUUCUUCCUCAUUCUGUUGCAUUUCUAUCUAAUGUAAAUGUGUAUGUUUUGAUUUCAUUUUUAAAUCUAAUAUUUAAUAAAUUUUCCUAUGAGGAGUCUAAUGGGUAUCAGACUGUCUAACUUCCGUAAUGGACAAAAUACAUAUUAUAUUUAAUGGCCCUUUUAUUUGGAAGAGGGGGGGGGGGGGGGGGGAGGGGGAGGGGGAGGGGGAGGAAUCGCUUUCAAAGGGGGCAUACCCCUUUUGGAAGCUGAACCAAAGAAAGAAACAAAUUAUCCCAGAAUUAAUCUCUCCAGUCUGUAUAUGUUUGAUGAUUCAGUUUUCCCCAUUUUUGUUUGUGGUAAAGAUGGCAGCGGUGGGCUUAUUUGAACAGAUUUGAACAGUGUAAUGUGAGUGAACUGUGGCACGAUGCCCUAAGAAUUCCUGCAUCAUCGUCUGUACUGUACAAAGGAGUGUGGAUAAAUUGUAAUAUAAAUUUCAUUGCACAAGCUACUGUAGAUAAGAGAACAUACAACAAAUGAGGAGAAGCCAGGGCCCGUAAGGGACAAUAUUGCCUUUGUAAAACUGCAUGCUAUUUCAUAUUCACAUAAACAAGGCCAAUUAUAUAGCCAUGCAUGAGCCGAUCACAUGCAUAACUGACUUGUGAAUAAUAAUAAAUGGACAUAUUUUUGUCCUAAAGAGAAAUGCAUAAUGACUAUAUUGGCACGAUGCAGUUUAAUAGCAAUUACAAUGCGGAGAUAAAACAAUGUAAAGAGGAAGUUGUUUUAAGGCUACAUGUUCAUUUGUCGGUGCAUAUUUGAAUUUUGAAGAAGUUUAAAUUUUCUUCCAAAUGCAAGACUGCUUUGUAAUUCAUAAACCUGUCUUGGAUUUUUCUUUUCUUUAUGGUUUCUAGACUAGUUUGGGAGAGAUAUUGAAUGUCUGAUCGCAUUAUUGACUUUAAUGUUAUGCUGAAUACGUAAAAAUGAAGAUAAAUUAAAGUCUACUGCUAAAGUCAUUCAUUUCAACAACACAUUUAUUGCAUCCAAACACCGUGGCAUUGUUAGGCCCAGCAAGACUGAUGUAUUGGAAAGGAUUGAUUACGGUAUUAAGAUUAUUUUUUUGCAAUUAAAAUUGUUUUUCAUCAAUCGCUCUGAUUCUAUUAUAAAAUCUUCAGCACUUCCACCCAGAAAAUCAAGUAUUGUACGUUAUUAUGUCUUGUCUUUGGAAUUUUUUUUUACAAUGAUUAAUAUAUAUUUAUUACCAUUCCCAUCAUUUCAACAGGUUUGAUACACUUUCUCCAUAUAAGCAAGUUGCAUGAUAUUAGAGUAUUUUUUCUUUUGGAUAGGGCAUACAUUGUAAUUUUAAGACUUAUCGUUUGACAGUCGUAUUGGUUAAAUGUGUUUGUAAUACGUCAAAUAAAGAGCAUUCAAGAACCUUACCAGGAUGAUUUCACGGCAAGGAUAAAUAAUUAUUGAUCAAGAAAAUGGUUUAGAUGAGCUCUGUACAAGAAACUGAAUUUGUUUUCCAAGUUUUGUAAUCUGCAUACUAGUUGUAGAAUUUGAGUCAGCACCGAAGUCAAAUCAUUGCCUGAUGACUAUUUUUUGUGCUAUAUUAUGUUUUGUCCAUGUACAUGAAAUUACUUUCUCAUGUAGCUUGUAUAAACUUUCCAUUCAGAUAUCAUUUACUUUCUGUAUAGGCAUGUUCACAUAUACCACAGUAAACUGCCACAGGUAUUUUUUUGUUUUAGUGGGUGGGGGAUAUUAAAUUAAGGGCCAGUGGAAAUUUUAAAAAAGUGUCUGCAUGCCACAAAACAUAGUGCACCUACUCACUUGAUCUGUGUGUCAUAAUAAUCUAAAGAUCUGAAGAAAUUACCAUGGUGAAACCACCUUGGUUACAUGUUCUGUGGCUUUUGCGAACAUGUAGUAAGGCUUUUGCUUUAGCUCUCCCAGUCAUUUAAUCCUAGAAGCAAGUGCCAGCAUUGUUAUGUACUUACCGGUAUUUAAACAGGCAGGGAUUACACAUGUACAGUAAACCUGCUUUAGCAACCACCUGUAUAGAAAGAUUUUCUGUUUUCCUUGAAUACAUUACAUUUCCCUUCUGAAACAUGUACUAAAGGAACCUGUACAUAAAGACCACCUGCCUAUAGUAUUACUUUUCUUGUCUCUUUUGAGUGGUCUUUCUAUACAGGUUUCACUGUACAUGUUACAUGUAGUAGUAGCAUGAGGUUAUAAAAGUAUAUCUUAUUUUAGUUUUUCAGUGAUUUAGGGAAGGUUAGGUAAACCUUAAAUGCACUUUUUUAUUUGGUUUUCUUUUACUUCAGCAUAUUACAUUCUGUAGGUUUUGGGAAUAGGACAUAAUGCCACAUUUUUUCAUUUCUUUGAUAGCUAGGGUUUGGAUCUCACAUCAAAUGUACAUGUUCUUUUAUCAGUCCAUACAAACCAUUCAAUUUGAAUCAAUAAUUGCCAUGGUAUGAUUAGUGUAAUUUAUAAAGAUUAAAAUUGAGAGAUAUAGACAAAAAGAAUUAAAAGAAGCCAGCAACGUGGUUUUAGACAAUGAAUAUUAAGAUACUGAUGUAUAAAAUAAGUUCUUUUUCUAAAGAAUGAAAUAUUCAGAGAAGUAGAGAUGAAUUUUGGUAACCAUACAGAAUUAGCUGAGAAGAAUAUUGAUUUACACUGUGUAUAAUUUGCAUAUAUGGAAUCUCGAGUAUCAGACACACUUUUUAUAAGUGAUAUGGCUGUAAAUGAACUCCUUAUGAGCAUGCAAGACAAGGCCAUUUUUGUUAUAACAAACAUUUUAUGUUAAAUAGCAGGCAUUAUGAAGUAAAACACUGCAAAUAAAUUCCUUUAUGACAAAAUUAA